CGUCGUCAAUACGCAUGGCACGCACUUGAAGUUUUGACAUUCAGAUUGCCAUCAGCAAAAGUACGAAUGCUGUGUCUCGUGACGGAAGCGCUGCUGCCAACGUCGCUCGUGAGCGCGCCGAUGACCAUGCAAGGCCGGCUCUCGGUGCGCUUCCAGCCCAGGAGCUCCCAAGCGACCCACCGGUACUUUGUCCUCGACCAAGACGCUCUCUCGUACGACGAGUGCGACCAUCACGACCGACCGCUCGGACGCGUCGACAUUCCCGUCGCCAGCAUCACCGCCGUGCGUCUCGGCUUCAAUUCAUCCGAGACUGAAGUCAUCACAACUCACCACGGGACGCUUCAGCUCCGGUCCGCGUCGUCGACCGAUUGGGGCGACUGGGCGCGUGCGCUGUGCAGUGUGGUGCCACUGCGCUGCGUCGACGCUGCGUUACGGGACCGCUUUCGAGUCUGCAACCGACUUAACGUCUUGCUGCUCGCAGACGACACGGUCGGGAAUGCUGUCGACGCCAUCUUGCACGCCUUUCAUUGCUGCCCCGACGCUCCACCGCGCAGUGAGUACAACGCGAGCAACUAUGUACUAGCCAUGACCGACACUGACGUGUGUUUGGCCGACCGACAGCGCAUGUUGUGCACGUACGAGCACGUGCGCUACUGCUUGGCGUCGUCGCAGCCUUUCCGCGUCACGCUCACGCUGGCGACCGACGACGUCUUAGUGCGAGACGAGGCUUUUGUCGACCCGUAUGCAUAUUCCAUGUACGAGAUGUAGUGGACACUGUCCAAACGACGUGUGCUAAAUAUAUUUCGAGCAAUUGAAUCUGAGUGCGC